AUGUGUCCGUAUUUGGUCUGGCAGGUGUGCGUGCGUGGGAUGCAGGUGCUUCAAAAGCAGACAAAGUUGUGUGAAGACGUUUUCCACAGGAGGAUGCAAGAAGCGGCGAAGAGAGCGGUCGUGGUGUCGGUGAGCAGCUUCGAACCCGGAGUUCCUUUCACCGCAAGGCGCGGCGCCCUCAGAGACGCCAAGCGUAUCCAUCGCAUCCUGUCCAAACUGGACUUCAAGGUGGACCUCCACCAAGACCUGGACAGCCGUCAGAUCUACUCGCUCUUUCGGAAAGAGAGUCGGCGCCCGGUGGCCGAGUGUUUCCUGGCCGUCCUGUCGUCUCACGGCGAGGACGGCUACGUGUUCGGUGCGGAUGGGAAGCCCGUGUCCUUGUCACGGCUGUUCGCCUUCUUCGACAACGCGGACAUGGAGCAGAAGGUCAAAGUGUUCCUCGUUCAGGCCUGCCGAGGCGGCGCCCUGGACGACGGCGUGGUGACCGACUCGGGCGGCGUCGACGAGCCCGCCGAUGACGUCUACUCUCACCUUUCUGUUCCCGUCAACACGCUGGUCAUGUACGCCACCGUGCCAGGCUACGUGGCGUUCAUGAACCCCAUGGGCUCCGUCUUCCUGCAGACCUUCUGCUCCCUCCUGGAGGAGGAGGACCACCGUCGCCUGGAGCUGACCCGUCUGAUGACCCGCCUGUCGCACAGCGUGGCCUACACCUUCCAGGCCAAAGGUCGCCAGUUCGGCGUGAAGAAGGAGAUGCCCUGCUUCCUGACCCGCAUGACCCGGGAGGUGUUUCCUUUCGCUGUUUGGUGA